AAGUUUUUAAUGUUUAUAUUUUACACUUUAAAACCUGAUUGAAUUUCUCCCUAAAAUGUGUGAGGAGCAGCAAAGAGGCAAAGGCACCAUUCGCCGACUUUUCAACAAGUCUGGUCAUAUUGAACCUGAGUUCAACAACAAUGCCACUGUUUACUUCACAGUGGGACACACACCUUGUAAAACAAAGGAGGAGUUUCAUUCAAUGUUUCCGGUUGGUAAGGAGGUUUAUUUCCGAGCCACAAAUUCAACGAAUAAUAUUGCAAAUUGGAAAGCGGAGUCUGUUACUGUGUUUAGGCACCCACGUCAGCCAAAUGUGCUUAAUCGUCAAUUAAAACAAAUCAGACUUCCUCUUCUUAAAGAAAAGUCACCACGGCCAAUAGAAUUUCCUCAUAGAGAUCCCGUUAUUACUUUUCUUCAUGAUUUGCUCACAUCUGAAGGUCCUCUUAAACCAGCAGAAAUUGGACAUCGCAUGAGAUUGAUUAAUAUUUCAAAGAAAGAAAACUUUAAAGUUUCAAAUAAAAUUAUCUUGGAUUAUGUUGCUGAUUAUGCUCAAUAUUUCCAAGUUAUUGACAAUAUGGUUCAUUGGAACCACAAAGAAAUUGUACCAUGUCCACGUAGUAAUGAAAAUGCAAAAUCUUCGAGCGCUGCUUUGAGAUACAUCUAUUAUGUGUUAAAACUUUUCCAGGGCAUCUCACUAACAAGGUUAAAGCUAACUUUACAAAACGAGAGAAUGCAGUGUCCUGGGUCUAUUGCGCAUUUGGAAAACCAAACAGAUCUCUUGGAAAAUAUCUUGAUUGAAAAUGAUUUUGACUAUCAUGAAGAUGAAGAAUAUGUUUUCCAAUCUCAUGUUGAUCCAAUUAUCAACUAUUUAUACCAACUGUUAAAUGGAAAAGAAAGAAAAAAGAAAAUGAAGUUUUCUGAAGUUGCUCAUCAUUUAAGGGAAGAUGGUCCCAUAAAUGGAGUUGUGCCUUUUGAAGUUUCAAACAGAAAACUUUCAAAUUUGUUUCAAGAGUAUAAUCAAUAUUUUGAAGUCACAAGUUACCAUGUCAGUUGGAAGUUUUCAGAUACAAUUCCAUCUACUCAUUCAUUUCGUGAUACAACAGCUUAUGUUUCUGCUGUUCAGUUCUUUGCAAACCUGAUGAAAAAAAAAUGUUACACAACCAUAGAUAUAUUGCGUUUACUAAAUUCUAGCUUUCACUGCUCCCCAGGCCCACUACUUCAAUAUUUAAACACUUUAAAAUCACACCCUUCCGAUUUUUUUGUAAUAGAAAACGGUGUUUGGUAUUUGUCAUCAUACAAACAAAUGCUGGAUCUUAUUCUCAGUGCAUUGGCCAGUGCCACAAAACCUUACAUUCCAAGUUCAAGAAAAGCUAUCAACUUUGCAAAGAAAUCUUUUUCUAGCCAAGCACUGCCUGACUUUCUUGAUUGGCUUGACAGUUAUGGUUUAUCCACUUUUCAUGGCUGUGUGUUUAAAACUUCCAACCUGGUGAGCCAACUUGAUCUGACCAUGAGCCAACUGCUGACAGUUGUUUAUUAUGGAAAGACUGUAAUUCGAAAGCAACAACCUCAAAUCUCAGAACUUUCGUUUAAGUCUGCUCCUCAGAUUGUGAAACAGCAGAUGGAAUGCUAUGCAGAUAUUCAACAAUUUUUAGUCGAAAACGGAUUUUUCUUUAGUGUGAGAAAUAAUGUUGUGAAAUGUAACGCUGAUGAUGAAACAGAACUGCUUCGCCUGGUAAAGAAACUACUUCAGUACGUGGAUAAUGAUGCUUCAUGCAGAAGAACAACUCCAACCAGUGACCUUGAUGCCAUAAUUAACCCUCCUAUCUUAGAGAAAUCUCCUCAAAAGUCGAAAAGAGGCCGAAACCACAGAAAAGCCUCGAAUGAAAGCAGUUCGAGCAUCUCACAACCUGUGCAGGAUGUAAAUGAAAGAGAUGAUCUACUGAUGUCGUUCGCAGGUGCACGAAUAUCCCAACCAACAGUGGUGGUCGAUUCACCAAUUCAUGAUGUUGAUUUAAAUGUGAGAAAAAGUUCGUUGUCAGAACUCACAACAAAAAAGUUGGAGCCAUUAAUUCCAGAAACUCGAACAUUUAUGCCCCAACCGGAUGUCUAUGUUAACCCCACAUGUAACCCAAGUAAUCGGAGAGAAGUUACAAGUCCAACAUCGGAGCAAGAAACAACAAAAGAAUCGAAUAUUUUCGGCCGACCACUCAUCGCAGCCGCUCACAAAGCAUUGUAUGAUCUAGGGUUGGAUCCAGAUAGAAAUCUUAUACUUAUCAGGCUGGAUGUCGGCAAAAAACCACUGAUCAGAUACGCCAACUAUGGUCACACACCAGCGCAUAUACAAACCAACACUCUGCACGACCAACCUGUGGUCACAGACCAUCAGGUUGCAAAGAUACUUAAACAUCAAGAUGUCUCUGAAGCCAAGCAGAGUUUAUAUGGAAUUAAUCAAAGCCUUCAUUAUAUCAGAGCGGUACUUGGGCCUUCUAAGAUAUCUGGUCUCACCUGGUUUUACCACACACACCUGCCACAUGCGAGAUACAUGAAAGUAGAUUCAAUGAAAUUCCACAAAGUAACAGUUGUUUUUACCGAUGCAAAAGUUGCUUCAAUCAACGUGGCACUUAGUUAUAUAAGAUCUCUAUGUGAGCAAUAUUCAACAACUACAACAUUGUCCGCGAAUGAGGUUGUUGUUGUAGAUUGGGAUGGACAGAUUACUGGUUAUGGGGAAUCCCCUCACCCUAGUGUUGCAAAAUGUUUACGUUUAUGUGGUGAGAAAUAUUCGGACCAGCAACAUGCGUUGAAAGAUGCUGUUUCGCAUCACCCGGAUUAUGUUGUAGCUGCAAAUAUAAAAACACAGGAAUCUUUACAACUUGUGAAGGAAAUAUCCAUGGAAGGUUUUGAAGUUGUAAUAACUUGUCCUUCAACAAUGAGAGAAAUGGUCGAAUUUGUAUUUUAGUUCUUCAACAAAAUCAUGGCUUUGCAAUUAUUUAAAAACUUGUAUUUAAGAGACAGCGAAAAAUCACUUUACUAACAAAAGUUUAAAAAGUUAGCGCUUAUGUAACUUGUUCGACCACCUCUUCCCCAAAUUACAAGCUCUUUAUUUAAAAAGAGCUUUGCCACAGUUUUUCAAGUUUCCCUUAAUUUCAUUGGCUUUAGCUCAUGCUUGUGUAGUUCAUGCAUAGUAAGUUUCUCUGAAUGGAUAUUUUAUAUUUCGGUGUGUACAGAAAGUUCUGUAAAUGUGAUAACCACUGUUUUAAUUUGUAAACUGUAAAAACAGUUUUGUGAAAUCUGUUAUGUUUAUUUUAUGCCGUAGUUUUUAUGAUAGUAAUUAUUUCUUCAAAAUUGCUUGUAAAUUGUUUGUUGUCAGUCAGGUCAUUUUAUUUGUGAGAUUUUUAUUCAUUGAUGCAACUGCCUUUUCCAAUUUUAUGCACCUGUCGAAAACUACUUGUUCUACCUUUUAUAUUUUCCUAUUAAAUUGCCGAUACUGCUGUAUUUCAAAUGAUGCCUAUGCUGUAUUAGGAGAUUUGCUUAUUGCUUGUUGUACCAUAAAAGUUAAUUCUACUUUAAAACACCAUAUACAUAUUGUUGUUUAUUAUAUGAGUGUGAUCUGUGUGGCAUUUAAAUUACUUGUUUAAAUCUAAAAAAUCUCACUUUGAGUGAGUUUUUUUUUCUUUUUAGUUUUAAAUCAUAUGGUGGCCUUGAUUUAUUGGGGGGAAAUAAAUUAAAACUUUGUAGAAUAA